AACCACCAAGCCCCAGUCAAAUGCCCCGGGCUGAAUGGCUGAAGCGCCCGCCAAGCGCCAGUGCAGCGCACCAACCGGCGUGUCGCUGCUUUGGCGUGCCAAAGAGCUGGGCCAGCUGCACGCUGGCGCGCUGGUGUUCGCGGCAUGGGUGGCGCGGAAUGAGAGCCGCUUCCCGGAGGCGGUUUACUACUGCAGCAGCGACAUGUCUGAGGAGCAGCUUGGGCGGGCCGACCACGAGCAGCUUCUGGGAGCGCUGCAGAGUCUUACCUCACAGCACCUGCUGGGUCAGCUCUGCGGCCUGGCUCCGGAGCAGGUUGCGACGUCAAGCGCAGCCACAAGGAGCGCCUACAGCGGCUGCUGGAAAGCGCAGGGCAGUGCUUGGAUGGGCCCUUCCUGGCUUACGUACGUACUUACAGCCGGCCACAAGGUUGUCGUGAAGCAGCUCGUUGGCGGCGGCCUGGCGCGCGCCACCUUCUGCAGUGAGGCGUGGGGCGCGGCAUUCGAUGACAAGAUGUACAUCGCGCGCACAACAUGGCCGCCGGGGGCCAUGAGCAUGGAGCUGCCGGCGGGGCACCUGGGCUGGUGGGAGCCGAACCCGCAUGCAUUGCGCGCGCAUUACAGGGGCUUUGAGCGCGAUGCUUACUGGCAUUUCCUUUUGGAGCAGCGGCUUGGGCAGCCGCCCCGCAUGACCUGCACCUGCAGCAGCUUCAGCGUAGUGGGCGCCGCCGUGAGCAGUUGCCUGCACACCGCCUACGUCAGCAGUGUGGAAUGGCUGCUGGAGGCGGGGCCGCCGCCGCCUCGACUGGUCCCAGCCGCACGGUGCGCGCGGCUGGUCGACGGGCGGGUGAUGCCAGGCGACUACAUCUGGCUGCCGGGGCGGACGCUAGUGGCGUGUACACGGCAGACAGGGGCGCUUCGCUGCUGCCACAGCGGCUGCGGCGCUGCCUGCCAGCAUGUCACAGAGGCACGGUCAGCGUUCGAGCAGCACAUGCUGCCUGCAGUAGCAGUGGCGGCGGCGGCGGCAUCUACUGGGCAAAUCAGGACACCAGCGGGCGCGGAGGGCGAUGCGGAUGACACCCAGUCACAGCAGGCUGGAGCGCCAGCGGCAGCAGCAGCAGCAGUAGCGGACGAGGCGGUUGAGGAGGCAGUGCCGCCGCCGUCGGAAGUGCGGUACCCAUACGCGCCUGACAAGGCAACCAUCAUCGCAAUGAUGACGUUUGAGCUGUCACUGAUGCAGCGGCAGGAUGCUGUCGGCCCCGUGCGCGCGCACCUGUUCGAGCUGUACUCCGGCUGCUCCUGCCUGAUGCGUGCGUGCGUGAUGGCGUAUGUCGGCGUCGCAGACGGAUGGAGGCUCUUUCGCAGGAGCAGCAGGAGCUCCUUCUUCUGCCUCCGCCACAUGUACACAUAUGCGGACCAGCUCCUCGGCAGCGGCAUGAACGUGGAGGCGUACGUCAGCUCGCAGCGGCGCCUGGCAGCAACGACGCUGCUUGCGGACGCGCAGCGGCCCAAGCAGUUCUCUGCGACGCUGUUCCGGCGCACAUGGCACCAGUUUGAGGCGCGGCUCGACCGCUUCCACACUUUCAAAUGCCCCAUCCAGCACCAGCGCCCGCAGCAGCAGCAGCAGCAGCAGCCCUCCAUGCCGCCGCCGCGCGUGCACUCCACCGCAGGGCCUGGCGGCGGCGGCGGUAGCGGCGGGCCUGGCGGCGGCGCAGGGGCGCGUGCGGCAGGUUGUGUCGCGCAUCGACGCAGGGCUGGGGCUAGGUGCUGGCAGUUCGGGUCAGAGCGGGGAGGGCGGUCAGGCAGGGGCCCAAACCGGGCGCUGCUGCGUCUGCUGGUGGACAAGUACGCCCACCUGGUGGUCUACGUGGACGAAUACUACACCAGCCAGGUGUGUGCGAAGUGCGGACGGCGCCUGCUUGGUAACGGGCAGCGCUGCCUGGAAGUUGUGAUUCCGUUUGGUGGCUCGCGUGCCCGCGACGUCCAAGUGUGCCAACACUGCGGGACUGUGUGGGGCCGCGAUGCCAACUCGGCUACAAACAUGCGGCACGCGCUGAUGGAGAUGCUGCUUGGCAAACCGCGGCCUGCAGCCCUGCGACCUGCUGGCGGCGGUGGCGGUGGCGGUGGCGGUGGCGGCGGCGGUGGCGGUGGCGGUGGCGGUGGCGGCGGUGCAGGGCCUGGAGACGGCGGUGGCGGCGGCGGUGGCACCGCGCCUACCGGCGGCAACAGCAGCGGCCACGGCGUUGGGCCCGGUGGUGGUGGCGGCACGGGCGGCCCUGGGCCCAGCGGCAGUGGCGGCGCGCAUGUUCGGAGCAGAGGGGGCGGGCAAGGCCACGUGGAGGAGGACAGCGCGGCGCCGCCUUCAAAGCGGCGCCGGCGCGCAGGUUGAGACCUGCCGGUGUUGUCUGGUCAGCGACCUGUGCUGACGAGCAUGGCGUAGCGGGCAGUCGGCUGCAGCGGCAGGGGUGUUGAGAGGUUUUCCUUGCUGUCUGGUUGGCCCUUGCUGCCUGCUGCACUAGUGCUUGAUAGCUGGGCGCGACUGGGCACAUAUGGCGGGCGGUGCCUGUACCAACCGACCCCGGCUAUGUCCGGGAGAUGAGGCUAGUAUCGGAACCUUCGGCCUCAGACGGAGGACGUGGCGUGGCGGCACAGCCCACUUUUCCCUUGCAAG